UCGGAAACUAAACCAAUUUUUUCCAGGUUAUACCACAGAGAAAAAGAGCAGCGUUCGCCGAUAGGUUUCGCGAUCUGUGAUCUUCGUCGGAGAAACGAAAAAUGGCGUUCAGAGGGAAGGAGAUGAUGAAGAAGCUGGUGAAGAAGGUCGGAGCCGAAACUUUGACGCCGGAGUUGAAAGGGAAGCUCAAGGCUUGUGUUCCGGAUUCCAAAGUCGUGAUGGGCAGAGCCAAACGCGGUUUAUACGCUGGACGCCAUAUCCAGUACGGUAACCGCGUCAGUGAAGACGGUGGCAACAAGUCAAGAAGAUGUUGGAAACCGAACGUUCAGGAGAAGCGAUUGUUCAGCUACAUAUUCGACCGCCACAUUAAAGUCAAAGUCACAACGCACGCUCUACGCUGCAUCGACAAAGCAGGAGGUAUAGACGAGUAUCUGCUUAAAACACCAUACCAGAAGAUGGACACAGAGAUGGGUCUCUUCUGGAAAACCAAAGUGGAGCAAAGAUACGCAGAGCUAGGUCAAAUGGAAGUAGCCUUCUUCAAUGCAGAGGACGAAGCCAAGUUCGAACAAGGGUUCAAAGACUUGAAUAUAGCUAAGAAAGAUGCUCGAAGGGAAGCUCGUAAGGAAGCUCGAAGAAAGAUGUAUGGAGAUAAAGGCGGAGAAGAGAAGGGUGAGGAAGAAGCUUCUCUCGAAGCUGGAGGGUCAGAAUCACACCAAGAUGAUCAUGGGUGGUUAGAAGCUAAUGCUUAGAGUGCUGUCUGGCUUUUCUUUUCUUAAUGCUGAGUUUCUUCAACGUUUUGGAUUUUUGGAAGAUGAGAGAGGUAAGGGAUGUUGUUGUAGGUUAUAGGUUCGAUUCCUCCCCUACGAAUCCCAUGAUUAAGGUUUUAGCUUUGAUCAAUGUGGAACAUAGGUCUUGUAAUGAGCGGUUUACACCCUCCUUUGGAAUUUGGAUCUCUAGAUGCAAUAAGUGUUGUUGAAGAAAAACUUGCAAAAAGACCUUCGA